CUUGCCUGUUAUUAUUACAUGUGGUGUGGUGUGAGUGAUCGCAAACUUAGUGGGAUCCACUCAAGAAACUUCCUUUUGAUCCAAUCCAAAAUUAAUCAAAUAAAAAAAAAAAACAAGUGAAAAAGAAAAUAACAAUAAUAAUAGAUCUCUAUCUAUCUUCAAAAUCUAUCAUCACCUUGUUCAUUUCUCGAUUCAUCUCAUUUUCACAGAAAACUAAAACAAAAAUGGCUGGUUUCAGCGGCGAUGAAACUGCUCCUUUCUUCGGCUUCCUCGGCGCCGCCGCUGCCUUAAUCUUCUCCUGUAUGGGAGCGGCAUAUGGAACAGCGAAGAGUGGUGUUGGAGUAGCAUCAAUGGGUGUGAUGAGACCUGAACUUGUUAUGAAAUCAAUCGUUCCUGUUGUUAUGGCUGGUGUUUUGGGUAUUUAUGGUUUGAUUAUUGCUGUGAUUAUUAGUACUGGGAUUAACCCUAAGGCUAAAUCUUAUUAUCUUUUUGAUGGAUAUGCUCAUCUUUCUUCUGGUCUUGCUUGUGGUCUUGCUGGCUUGUCUGCUGGUAUGGCUAUUGGUGUUGUUGGUGAUGCUGGUGUUAGAGCAAAUGCCCAACAGCCGAAACUUUUCGUUGGAAUGAUUCUCAUUCUCAUCUUUGCUGAGGCGUUGGCAUUGUAUGGUCUUAUUGUUGGCAUCAUCCUCUCCUCCCGUGCUGGCCAAUCCAGAGCUGAGUAAUAUAAAAUUUAUUGUUGCCUGUAGUGCACAGAGCCAUAGAUCCAUGGAUUGUGAACUUUAUAAGAGACCUGGUCAUGGUAAGGGUGGAGCUUUAUCAUGCUCUUCUUUUGUCUUAUGACUCUAAUCUACUCGUUAUAAAAUUGAGGUUAUCGUGGAAUAAAGUCUAUCAAACUAGUUACUUGGCAUUGCUGUAUUUAAUUAUUUUCUGUCAAACUAGAUUAGAAAUUUAUGUAAUAAACCUUGUGUUGAUUUCAAUAAACUAGAUUACUGUUGAACAUUUCGCCCCCAAUCCAACAUCUCUUUAUGUAUGUAUUAAGAUGUAGUAUGUUCAGUGUAUCAAUUUUCUA